CAAUGAAGAAGUGCACGGCUUUGCACUGAGCAGGAAAUAAUGCAAUAGCCGAUAUGCAGCCAAGAUUGUAAUAAAUGCACUUUGGGCAUAUUAUGUACAAAUGCAAAUGAUCCCUACAGAAGAUAAAGUUAUCAAUUAGCAAUACGUUCACAACUGAAGUGGCUAUAAGCUACAGUACGCUAACUUCCCCUUCUCUUUGGGCGCUGAAAUGUCUGCUGUAUUUCACAGGGAUUUCCAAAGGUCCGAUGCACUUUGCAAAACGUCGGGCUACUGGUUAAGCAUAAUGCAACCGACGCGAUUAUGAGAGAUGGUCCAGGCCAACUGCGUUCACUGGAGGAAGAAGUUCUCCUUCCUGUGCAAGAUGAGCGCGAGUGCCAGCACGGGCGUGUUGGACCCCUGUGUCUGCCGAGUGUCCGUACGCAAGGAACUCAAGGGAGGGAAGACGUAUGCCAAGCUCGGUUUCGCCGACCUGAACCUGGCGGAGUUUGCGGGGUCCGGUUGCACCACCCGCCGGUGCCUGUUGGAGGGCUAUGACACUCGGAACAUGCGGCAGGAUAACUCCAUCCUGAAGGUGGUGAUCAGCACACAGCUUAUGUCGGGGGACCCCUGCUUCAAAACGCCUCCUUCCACCGCCACGUACAUCGGCAUACAGGGAGAGGCGGAACGUCUGCACGAGGACCGGAAAGGCAGAGACUCAUACAUGCCACUACAAGAGCACCCAGGGAAAUGUGCCUCUGUCCCCGAAGACCUGGGAGUUUACGGCCACUCCAGAACCUCCAGCUAUGCCAGCCAGCAGUCCAAAGUUUCAGGCUACAGCACCGGACACUCGCGCUCCUCCAGUCUUUCAGAACUCACCCACAGGAGGAACACGUCUGUGGACAGCGCCUCCACGGGCAUCGCCAGCAUCCCUGAGCCCAGCGAGGAGAGAACGGCGCCCCCCGCUGGAGCCACCACCGCCUGCGCCACCGUCCCUGAGCACCCGGGCACCCCCGUCCACAGCUGCUCAUCUUCAGAGCGCCUCAGCAGGCACACAAUGAAGCAGGACUCGAUGGAGUCGCAGCUGAAGCGGGUCGAUGCCACGCGUGUGGACGCCGAUGACAUCGUGGAGAAGAUCCUGCAGAGUCAGGACUUCACCCACAGCCUGCUGGACUCCAGCGCUGAAGAGGAGGGUCUGCGCCUGUUUGUCGGUCCUGGGGGAAGCACAGCCCUCGGCAGCCAGCACACCAGGGGGGCUGCUGGGGCUUACGAGCAGGUGGUGAUCAAGCGCUAGCUGCCAGGGUGCCCAUGGUGGGGGUGGCCGCUGCCAACAUGUGACAGGAAAGUGGAGGUGGUGGUGGAUACAUCUCGCUUCAUUCCGGCAGAACAUUUCGUCAAACUCGAAAGCUGGCUGGCAGACAGAACUGGAUGAAUGCGGGCGGCAGCGACGCCCCCUGGUGUUGAUAUGAAUCCAUAUCCAUAGUUACUCAUUUCUCCAGUGUAAACAAGGCCAAAUACAGAGACUCUGGCUUUCUGGAUACGCGUGUGAAAUACGUUUCCGUCCAAUAUUCAGAAAGCUUACACAGAACACUACAGCCCCAAGACUUAAACUGCAAUUUAUAGACUUAGUACUCCAUUUAAACAGGACGGGGAAUACUGUAGUCUGUCAGCUUCUCUUUUGUAAAAUGUUUUAGGUGAUUGUUGACAUUUUCUUUUAUUGCCCGUUUUUUAAGGUGUCUGUUAAUGCGCUUCAAAAGGGUUUUCGCUCGAAUCUCCGAAAGCGUGUGAGCAUUUGGUCCGGUGCCUUUGGUGCACUCGACAUUUCCAAACUGACAGAGCCCCUGGCAUAGCGCGCCGGCGCGCUCUGCUGCGGUGACAACAUUAACUCAAACUGAAGACCUCGGGAAACCCAAGAGCCGACAUGGAAGGAUGUGGAGCGGCGCGGCCUUUGACCCCACGGAGGUUGAGCCAGAUUUACCCUGACAGCCUGUGCGGUUCCACAAGCGCAGCGACGUGUUUUGGGGGACAUCGAUGGUUAGCCGCUCAGCGUGCAGCAAUGACGACAGAAUGGCCUCUACGGUGUGCUUCAGAGCCUCCACUGCCACGAGGACCAGCUCUUACCCAGGCCAGCUUUAUUAUCCAGCUGUGACCAGAGCUUUUUCAUCUACUAGGGCACAAACCUGCCCUCUUCCAUGCGAAAACGACCCUUCUGCGUUGUCAGCUACGUUAGAACACGUAGACUCCUCUCGCAUACACAUAUCAGAGCUUUAUUUUUUCAGAAUGUUGGUUUUGAUACUGUAAGACCGCAGAUCUGCGAUGCUCACUGAGUUUAAACGGUUAAGGUCACGGAGUACGAACUACGUAGUGUGGCUUCCGUUGAUGGAAAUCCGAGCCUGGCUGAAAAUGAUCUGAUAUAUUCAUGCUGCGUAUAAGUGCAAGGUAAAUUUGAAGUUGCUCAUACCACUAAAAAUGCCAUACGGUACAUAUACCGACUAUUUUUAUUUUUAUUUUUAUUUUUAUUUUUUGUCUUUUUGAAAUUGUAUGUCUUGAAUAUGCUAGAAAUGAACAAUUCUAUGGCAAAUUGUUUGUGUGUGUGUAUGUAUGCACAGUGCUCCAUCUGUGGCCGUGCAUGUGUGCGCGCGUGUUUCCAAAAUGGAGCUUUGUGUUUUCUUCUGUUUGCCAAGUCUUCCUGUGGAACCUGGUGAUUCUCAUUUAAGUUUCAAGUGAUAGCGUUUUGCUGAAACUGUUAAGCCUCUCCAUACCUCCAGGGCCUGUACCAUGUCUUGAAUAAUCUUUAUCGUAUGUCCUUAAGCCAAAGGUCUUAUUCAGUGUUCCCUCGCUGGCUUUUGCAUUACAGUUAUUGCAUUACUUCUCUUGCACAUGUAGACAUCUGAAUAUUUUGCAGGUAAGAUGGACGGCAGGGUUGAUUUAGUCUAUGUUCUCCACAGGAUGUGGAAGUGAUCAUAAACUUUUCAGUCCUGCUGUUUUGCAGUAGGGGAAUUUGGGAAAGCUGGGCCUGCCUCAAUCCUUGCAAAUACAGAUCCUAUUGUACAGGUCUGUCUGCGCUCAAGGCCUAUGCUUUGCCAACAGAAUGGUGUCAUUACUUGUUUUCUGUCUUGCCUGCACAGUGAUACCCACUUAGGCCACCUCUAGUUGUACGUCUUUUGUCGGUACUCCAUGUUUUGUCACAUGUUCUUCUGAAAUUUGUGAGGCAUUAAAGUCCAAGUCUAAAUGAAAGGGCCAGUUGUUGAUAAGCACAAGGUUAAGGUGAAAACACACAAAGGAAGUUGUGUGAGAUGUGCUCAGCAAGUGACUAGCACAUUUUCCUCCAUAUGAAUUCUUCAUUCUUGACAACUUUGAAUCACAGCUGAAGUAAACAGAAAUGCAUUGUUUCGCAAAAGAUAUGAAAACUAUUUGUUUAAGGCUGUGUUUAUGCCUAAACUAUAUGAUAUGGUUUGUGUGAUGGGACUUGGACAUUAAAUGCAACAGGAGCAUAAACUGUUUAUUAUUGUGAAAUGUUGUACUGUUUGACAGUGCUUCCUUGCCUAAAAAAAGCACCAUAUUGCCAUUGUUUAAUCCAAAAUGUAUAUAUUUACAUGUUUACUGUGUAUUGUCAAUUAAAAACAUUUCAAGAAUCAAAA